AUGUUAUUUUAUUAUAAUAAUGCUGGAGCGGUUGAGUGGCUUGACGUUGGCCUCACCACGUUGGGUAAAGCAACCAUAUCAAGAGGAAUGAACCACUUCGUCUUUGUUGUCUACUCCAACGCCCUUGCAACUCUCAUUCUCCUCUCUUCCUCUUUUUUCAUCAACAGGUACUCCCUCUCUCACUUUCUCUUCCUAUUCUUUUUUUUUUUGAGCAUUUGCAGCAUAACUGUCAUGCAGAAUUGUGUUUUCACUGGCAUUGACUACAGCUCUCCCACUCUUGGAUCUGCUAUGAGCAAUUUGACUCCAGCAAUCACUUUUGUGCUAGCGGUCAUCCUCGGGAUGGAGAAGUUGAAUAUUGGAAGCUCAAUAAGCCAGAUCAAGGUCAUGGGCACAGUGUUGUCCAUCGCUGGAGCAUUACUCGUGACCCUUUACAAGGGAAGUCCCAUCAUCAGCUUUCGAACUCAACCCUCUCCAUCACAACCAUUGCCAUCUUUGUUGGCUGCAACCAGUAACUGGGUCAUUGGAGGUCUCUUCUUUGCCACUGCCGCAUUUUCGACUGUUGUCUUCCUUGGUGAAACACUCCAUGUUGGCAGUGUCAUUGGCGCAGUGGUAAUCGCCAUUGGAUUUUACACAGUAUUGUGGGCACAAUCAAAAGAGGAAAAUGCAAAAGGCCUACAGGUUGAUAGACUGUCAUCCCCGUCUGCCCAAGCGAGUCCUCUACUAGAGACAGUCCCAAGAAAGUAA